AUGGAUGAUUCACCACAACCGCCGCUGCCGGACGCGGCGCACAGAAUCGCAGAGCUUGUCGCACCGCAUGAGCUGCAGCUGUACAACACAGACGUCCGCUCAUGUGGCCACCCGCAGCGACUCUACGUCAAGGUUCCAGUGAGCCCCAACAGCAGCAUGGCAACUGCAUGGAACCACCAAGACAGAGUUGCACCGGUCCCCUGUACCGAAGGCGCAGAGGCAGCGACCCCACGACAUCACCUGGCGAGCAGCCGACCGCAAGCCCUUUCGCCUCCCCUUGCCCUCGUCAGCAGCAGCACCGCCGCCGACGCCACACCACCGGCGAGGGAUGCUGCAUACCGGGUUCCGCCACCGUCUUUAGCGUCCCCUGCGGUGUUGGUGUCGUCAUACGCAGCGGAGAGUGCGCGGGCGUCCGUGGGGUCAGAGCCGCUGCAGCUGGUAGCGACGGACGGGGUGCGUACCCCGGCCUCCUCCCCGUCCACCUCCCUCACGCCCGCAGCAACGGCGGAGACGAGUGCCAUGAAGUGUCACCAUGAAGACGAUGACGAAAUAUGCCACCCUCACCAGCCGCAGGAGCAGCAGCAGCAGCUGGUGAUGGGCACCUCAACCUUCAUUCAAACGACCCUGUCGGCCCUCUUCUCCUCGCGUCAACGCUCCGUCUCGGGAAACACGGAGGAGCGCGACAUCGCCGAUGUCCUGCCAGCCGAUGAUGCUACCCAUAGCGUUCCCAUGCCAGCCGCGGAUGCCAGUGGUGACGAGAGGAAUCUGCUCGUGCAGCUGACGGAGGACACUACAUACCGCGGCGCGAGCGCCCACGCGAGUCCUGCCGAGGUCCACCGGCCACAAGAGGGGGUCUCCUCGGCAGUGAUGCCAUCCUGGGCGGGCCGCGAAGCUACAGCAGUGACCAAGGAGGGAGCGAUGCUGCCCGCGCAACUCUUCACAACGGCGGUAAGGGAAGAGGUCUCGGCAUCGUCGACGCGGUCUGUCUCGCAUGUGCGGUCGUCGACGGAGAGGAGUGACAUUCACUUCUCGAGCGCCACCGCAGCCACACCACCGUCCGUGCGUGCCGAGUGUUGGGCUGAGACCGAACCGGCCGUACCUGACCCGUGGCAGUUUACAGGGCACUCUGCCCACACCACCCCGCACUCGCAGCCCGCCCCGAUAAGAGGCACCUAUCCCUCCUCUGCAGCACCAGCAGCAGCAGCGUCGACUGCGCCAUGUAGCACCGACCGUGAGGAGCUCGUAGAUGCACAUCUGGAUGACGAGGCUGAGGUGUGGCUGCUGGGCGUUCCAAGCCAACCAUCGGCGACGGCACAGGAGGAGCAGCAAGCACAACUUUACGCGCUGCAGCCUACCGGAGCAGAGGUGUCCGAGGUGCCUCCGUCGCCAGUGGGCAACGGUGAGGAUCGCCCGGCGAUUGUACCGGUGGAUGCGAGUCGAUCACCUGUCACCCCCUCCCUCCCACGUGAACCUUCGGUUGUGCAACACCGCUACGAUGAUGUCAACGACGCGACGGCAACAGCAGUGGCGGAACGGGUGCAGCAGCAGCAUGCAAGGCGUGAGGACAUCGCCGUGGCCGAGACGCACAUCACCGCCCGCGACGGAAUCGACGAGGUUGUCGAAGGCAGUCGGGAGGAUGGAGUCGGGCACACUGCGACGGUGCUCACCGCGUCGCCGGCCGUGGUGACAGCGGACGCUCACGCACCAUCCUCGCGGACCUCGUUCUCGUCGUCCUCCCGCCUGAGCUUCCGCGUGGAAAAGGGAGCAGCCGAGCGCCCUGUCACCGACGCUGCCGCCGCGCACUUCCCAGUGGGGAUACUGGAGGACGAGGUGGAGAAAGCCCCCUCGGCCCUGGCUGCCCCUGAGCCUCCGGCUGCCCGCGGCGGCAGCGCCGACGACGACGGCGACGGCUUAGAUGUUGCGAUGCCGCGCACAGACGCGUCAGAAGACGUCGGUACUGCCGCCGCUGCGGAUCGUGGGGCGAACGUGACGCGCGCACGAAACCACCAGCUGGCUGUUGCAGCCACUGGUGGUGAAGAGGUGGUGGUGGCGGAUGUGCGAGAGACGCAGCACAGAACGCCGAUCCCGUGCGCGGCGGGCGGGACGGUGCCUGCGACGUGUGUGGUGGCUCGCUCCUCCCCAUCAGAUCGCGGGCUUGUGCCACCACCGACGCAGCACACAGUCCCUCCUGCACUGCCGGCAGCGAUGAUCGACGGCGCCUACGGUGCCCGUGCUGCGCUGCGGGCGCAUGACGCACCGCCCUCGGCCGCUGACACAACCAGCAUGUGGCGCUGGCCCCCGCAGCCCUCUCCCUGUGACCGCAGCCAGUGCGACCACCAUCACCACCUGAGCGGCGGUGAGCAGCAGCAGUGGUGUUCAGCGGCUUCCCUCUUCCAGCGCCGCCCUGUCGCGCGCGACUUGUUGGCGGAUGUGGACGUCAUGAACGAUGAAGAGGACAACGCACGGGGGAAGGCCAUUGCAGGGCAGCCACGCGGCCCAGUCCGUUUCGAGGGCAGAGACGAUCAGCUUGUGCCGCAGCAUGCAUCGUCGUCAGCAGCAGCGCCUCCGCCAAGUCCGCCCACCGCGGACGUCGUUGACAGGUUUGUGCUCGCGCACCGUCGCCGGAUCGCGGACGCGCCUCUCCACGAGCUGAUGGAGCUCGAGCGGGAGGGCCGGCGGAUGGUCAUGCUCGAUAUGCUGCAAGACAGAGAGGCGGUACUGCAGGAGAAGGUCUUUGACUUUAGCAUGCUCGCGCUGUUACCGGCCCGCCCGUCGGCAGUCGCGGCUGCUGCUGCAACGCGUAGGUGGACAGGCACCAGUACCGGCACCAGCAGCAGCGUCGCCCGUGACGGGGCGGCUGCACCGCAGCGGGCCUGGGUGCCUCCACUGCCGCCGUCGCCUCUUACCCCAGCCGCCUCCGCCUCCAUGUCGAGGUCCGCAGCGGCCUCGGUGCUUGCGACAGUCACGGCGCCGCCACCGACGAGCCGUGAGGAGGUGGAGCGACUUCUACGCAUGCGUGGGCUAUCCGGCAGCUUGUCGCUCGGCAUCGUCAGCGCAGCUCUACUCGCUGACGAGCUGCUACGACGCGAAGUUGUCGAGGGCGCAGAGGCCAGCGCACGCACACUUCUCCUGCGGCUGUGCCGGUGUGGCGCAGAUGCACUGGAUCCGUACAGCGUCGUGGUGCAAGAAGCGCUGGCGCGCCAGCGGCUGAUGGCGAUGGAGCGGCUCGAAGGUCAGCAGGCGCGGUCACUGGAGAACUCGCCUGCAGCCGACACAUUGGAGCUGCUGCGCAUUGGCCGCGAGUUGGCGUUGUGUCACAUGAUGGAAGACAACGAACGGCGCGAGGUGAUCGAGAAGGCGGAGCAGCUGGGGCGGCAACGGCUGCGAGAGCUUCAUCUGCGUGGUCUGGCAGCGCGACUGCGCCAGUGCGAGCUGCUGCAGUCCUCCAUGGACGUGGCGCUACGCGAUGCCAUCGAUGACGUCGUGUUCGACGAGACGCAGGCACGCGAGGAGCUUCGGGUAGAGGCGAUCCGCGAGAUGACGGUGCUGCUAGAGUCGGCGAGCGGCACCGUCGUGCGAGAUGCUGCGCGCCAGCGUCACCGUCAACUUCAGCAGCAGCGGGAGGACGCGACACCGCAACGCUCGCAGGAGCAGGUGCGUCUUUCGGCGACCGACGCCAAGAGCGGCAGCAGCGCAGCGGCGGGCCACGAGCAAGCGACGCCCGCGGCGGCUUCGGGAAGCAAUGCACCGGCAGGAGAGGACGUCGAGGACGACAGCGACUGGGAGCUUGUGGAGGAGGUGAACGAGCUGAGCGUUGGCGGCGAUGUUGCGGUUUUCGACGCAGCAGAGCCGCCGAUGAAGUCGGCGACAGCGGCGGCUACGGAAGCAGCGGCGACGGCGAAUGGUUUUCCGGCUCUGGUGGCAGACGGCACACCGGACUUCUUUGAAUGGGAUCCGACCUCGAACUCCGCCUCCUCCCUCUCGACGCGGUCCAAUGCGCGCAAGCGUCAUCUAUCCUCAUCGCAGCAGCCCCCGCACCCGCAACAGCAGCACACGUCGACCUCUUCCCCUUCGCCGCACUUGACCAACAUGACGGCGCUGACGGUCACCACCACAACCACAAGCAGCGGGCAGGCGGCGGGCGGUGACAGCGGUGAUAGCGCUCCACAGGUGAAGCAGAAGGACGUUGCCAUCAACGCGAGCGGCACCACGACGUCUGACGGUCGUAGGUCACCGACGACGGUGCUGCCGACGGAAGAGAAGCAGCAGCUCGUGCAGGGGCGCGAGCCUGUCAAUCCGGCUGAGGUGAGCGUGCUGCUGCACGCGCUGCGCUGCGCUGAGGCGGCGGUGCGGGAUAAGCACAAGGCUUCGCUCCAGACUGAGGCUACCGUCGAGAAAGGCAGCGCAGCACCAGCGUGGCCACAAGGCCAGGAGAACUCGGCCGCGGUGUCGGCUGGGAACCUUGACGGUGGUGUGGCACAGAGCGGCAGCACACUGUCGCGGCCUCCCCUGAGCCAGGAGCAGUAUCAGGUGGUCAGCGUGGACGAUGUGGUGGACGCGUCACACCAGCCACGUACGACGAUGCCCUCGCGUCACGCCUCAACCACUCGCGGUCCAUCCUUCAUCAACCGCCACACGAUCCCCUGCUCCCUUACCGACUCCCCUCGCCGCGGCUACGCUGCGCUGAUGCGCAAGUACACCCCGCAGCGUGAGCCUCAGUCUUCACCACUGCUCGCAGCCGCCGCCGCCGCCUCAGCCUCAUCGCCGUCGACGUCCUCGUCCAGUUCUUCCCGGCCGUACGCGGAUGGGGAUGUGUACGCGUACGACCCGCAACGGACGCGGCACAGUAGGCCAGCACGCCGGGCGGCGUUCGAAACGGACCCCGAUCGCCGAGCGCCAUGGAAGCGCUCCUACGAAUACAUCGGCGACAAGGAGGCUGUGAGCAGCGCGGAGGCGGCGCUUGGCGUGUGCAAGGACAGCGGUACCGGCGCACCUGCGUCCGUCUCCGAGCCAACACCCCAGACGCCAGCGCGCGAAGUGUCCCCGGCCCAACGCCGUCGCGCACUCUCAGCCUUUGAGCCAUCACACGUGCCCUCGGCAUCCACGGUGCCGCUCGUGCUCGAGGUGAUCACGGAGAUGCGCUCGACGCGGUCGUCACCGGCGACAAAUGUCACCGUGUCGCCCAUGAGCUCCGGCGCGCGCCCCAAUCAAAGCCCAACUCGUGCGCGCUCUCCGCAGGCAUACGCAGCCCCGACGGCUGCGUGGACCCAGUACGUGCAGGACCAGCAGCUGGUGCGCUGCGUCAGGAACGGCGGCGCCGCCACCCACGUGAACCUGGAUCAGAGCAGUUGCUCUCGGCGUCGCUGGGGUCAUGCGGAGGACCAUACAGUGCAGCACGCCAGCGCUCCGCAAGCACCGCUCCUCAUCACGCGACUACCACUGGAAUGUGGCCCCGGCGUGUGGAUGUCAUCGCCGCGUUGCGCACACGGCGGCGUGCAUGUGGUUGCCACAACAACGCCGCCACGCACACGCCCUGCACCGGCAACGCUAGCCGACGCCUUCUCCCAGGCGGCCCGAACAGGCGACGUCGUACACUUGCCAACAACUGUGGCGGAGCUGCUGAGGGCGCCGCAACACACGCACCUCCCCUGUCCUGCCUCCGCGAAGCCGAUGAAGGGGUCGUCGUGUCAGCCGGCCGAGGAUCGUCACGCGCGGCGCCAGCACCCCACCCCGUAUAACUACGUGGACGUCUUUUACAAGUACAGAGAUCGGUCACCCCAUUGCAGCGCUCCAGCAGUGCCCUCAGCUGACGCGUCGGUGCAGCCGCCCUCGACGCCGAGCGCCGCCUUCAUCUCCGCGCGCUGCACCGCCGUGCGUGAGCGCGAAAUGAAUCACGAGCUACGGCAGCUACGGCAAGCAUUGUCACCGUCGCACGCGCGCCGAGCGACGCCGUCGCCCCCAGCCCGCGCAGGUCGCGGUGGCAGCAGCACACGCGUCGCAUCAUCGCGAAGGGGGUCGAGCACCAGCUCUGGCUCUGCCCUCAUCACGACUGCGGCGGCAACGUGGGGCGAGGACGAGGUGCUGGCAGACGCAUCGGCAGAGCCCGAAUAUUCCUACUUCGACGACGAAGACGCCUUCGCGCUGCGGUCGGCGGCAGCAGUCAGUCGCGCCGGGCGUCAUCGCGCCGUGGCACGACGCUGCCAACCGCAACAGCAGCCGUGCCAUGGCGCACUACGGGCCCCUGCCUGGUCUCCUGCGUCCCCGCCAGCCCCGCCGCCACGUCAAGAGCGUCGGCAGAGUGUGUCGGAUGCAGCUAGCGGGCAUCACGGUGGCGAUAGAGACCGUGUGUUCCCAGCUGGCUACCGUGUGCCUCCGGCACCCUCCCCCUGCUCCAACUUUUCUUGCACGCCACCGUCGUUGUCGUACUCCCUGCAUCAAGGAUUGAUGGCAGCAUCGUUGUCGUCACCAGCGUCGCCAUCGGCGACUGUUGUGCCCUCCGUCGUCGCCUCCAGUUGGCGCAACCCCCCAACUCCGCCAGCAGCAGCGAGCCUGUGGAGUCCAUCCAGACACGGCAUGCUUCACAGCGGGCGGAGCAGAGGUGGUGGCAACGCUACCCGCAGCAAUGGUGACCACAUCCUCCGGCAAGAUCGGCGCACGCCUUCCAGCGCUGCCGCACCGGUGCGCGUCGUGAAUUUUGCCUGA